AUGACAGGCCAGAGAGCGUUUUUACGGGGUAACUCGUUAGGAGUUACCAGUCUCUUGACCUUUGCCGUGUUGGCAUUGGCUUGGUUUGUCGGUUUUGCUAGCAGACUUUUUGCCAUUGUCCGUUUCGAGUCAAUCAUUCACGAAUUCGAUCCAUGGUUCAACUAUCGUGCCACUCACCAAAUGGUGACCACAAACUUCUACGAUUUUUUGAACUGGUUUGAUGAACGAGCAUGGUACCCAUUGGGUCGAAUUGUUGGAGGAACGGUCUAUCCUGGUUUGAUGGUUACUUCUGGACUUAUUCACUGGAUUUUGGAGAUGAUCAAUUUCCCUGUUCACAUCAGAGACAUUUGCGUGUUUCUAGCUCCAACGUUUUCGGGUUUAACGGCCAUUGCCACUUAUUUCCUCACAAAGGAACUUUGGUCUGCGGGCGCUGGGCUCUUUGCUGCGGCCUUCAUUGCGAUUUCACCUGGAUACACUUCCCGUUCAGUGGCUGGCUCGUAUGACAACGAAGGAAUUGCCAUUUUUGCUCUUCAGUUUACGUAUUUUCUCUGGGUCAAAUCGCUCAAAGAAGGAAGCGUCAUGUGGGGUUCACUCUGCGCUCUCUCGUACUUUUACAUGGUUUCUGCUUGGGGAGGCUAUGUGUUUAUCAUUAAUUUGAUCCCACUACAUGUCUUGUUGCUCAUUGUUAUUGGACGGUAUUCUUCUCGCCUCUACAUCGCCUACAAUACAUUCUAUAUUCUGGGAACUUUGCUCUCGAUGCAGAUACCUUUUGUUGGAUUCCAACCAGUGAGAACCUCUGAGCACAUGCCAGCUUUUGGAAUUUUCGGACUACUUCAGAUUGUUGCUGCUAUGCAAUAUCUACGAACGCGUCUCACCAGAAGUCAAUUUGUGACGAUAUUUAUCGGUGGUCUUUCGGUGGCCGGAGUUCUUGGAACUUUUGUCUACUUUGUUCUCGUCGCAUUUGGUUACGUAGCACCAUUUUCUGGACGUUUCUAUUCUCUCUGGGAUACAGGAUAUGCAAAAAUUCAUAUUCCCAUCAUCGCUUCGGUGUCCGAGCAUCAACCGACAACCUGGGUUUCGUUUUUCUUCGAUCUCCAUAUCACGGCCGCCGUUUUCCCGGUCGGACUUUGGUAUUGCGUGAAAAAUGUUAACGAUGAACGAGUGUUUAUCAUUCUUUAUGCUUGCUCUGCUGUCUAUUUUGCCGGUGUGAUGGUUCGACUUAUGUUGACGUUGACGCCGGUGGUAUGCGUUCUUUCGGGAAUCGCGUUCUCGUAUACAUUUGAGCGGUACCUCAAGGAUGAUCCGAGCAGCAGUCGCUCUGCUGAGGGUGGUGAAAAGGCUACUCUCUACGAUAAGCCGAAGACCAAAAAAGUUUCUCAAAGCUCUGAAGGUGGAUCAGGUGGCGAAGAUGCAGUUGGAAUGAACACAAAGUCGAUUGUGGCGGUGGUGUUGAUGCUAUUGCUUCUCAUGUUCGUUGUUCACUGCACAUACGUUACUUCCAAUGCUUAUUCUCAUCCAUCCGUCGUUCUUCAAUCAAGCACUCAAUCCGGAGGAAGAGUUAUUAUGGACGAUUUUCGUGAGGCUUACCAUUGGCUUCGGGAAAAUACUGCUGAUGACGCACGUAUCAUGAGUUGGUGGGAUUAUGGUUAUCAGAUUGCUGGCAUGGCAAAUCGAACCACUCUUGUCGACAAUAAUACAUGGAACAAUUCUCACAUUGCUUUGGUUGGAAAAGCUAUGUCUUCGAACGAAUCAGCUGCAUAUGAAAUUAUGCGUGAUUUGGAUGUCGACUAUGUUUUAAUCAUUUUCGGAGGGAUGCUUGGAUAUUCUGGAGACGAUAUUAACAAAUUUCUUUGGAUGGUUCGUAUUGCUGAAGGAGAGCAUCCUAAAGAGAUCAAGGAGUCUAACUAUUUCACUGAAUCUGGAGAGUAUUCGGUUGGUCCACAAGCUUCGGAAAUCAUGUUGAAUUGCCUCAUGUACAAGAUGAGCUACUAUCGUUUUGGGGAAACACGUGUCGGUUACAACCAACCACCAGGUUUUGACAGAACUCGAGGCUACGUCAUUGGCAAAACGGAUGUCACACUUGAGCACGUUGAAGAAGCUUAUACAACGGAGAAUUGGCUGGUGCGUAUCUACCGAGUUAAGAAACAGGUAAAUCGCCCUGAAAUCAAGUACACGGACCGUCAUAUCAAAUCAUCAAAGAAGGCUCCGGCGAAGGCUUCUAACAAGAAGGGAGUAUUCCGGAAGGCGACAACCACCAAG